CACACACAUGGAGAGAGGGGAAAAGGUUUUUUAAAGAAAAAUGACCUAACUCUUGGAUACACAGCAUAGACUUUAGACCUUUUUAACUCACACUCAUUUUUCAAUGUAAGAUUAACCUAUAAUUUUUCCUUUUAAAAAUACUAAAUAUUUUUAACACAUACACAUAAAAAGAGGAAAGAAAGUUUUAUUUUUAAACUUGAGAACUAAUAGUACUCACUUAAACUUAAAAGAACCAAUUACGCUCAUGGAAUAUACUUCAAUGAUGAAGAAUGUAGUUUCGCCUCACUUUUACUUACCUCAUUCAUUUGACUCUCUCACGGUCUCACUCAAACAUAUUUGAAUGCAAAGCCUCUCGAGCCCAACUCACAACCCCACAUACUCUACAAAACACUCGUAAACUCUCUCUCUCUCUCUCUCAAACCAUGAGCAAGCUCAUCUUGUUUUACUUCCUUCUUCUUGCUCUUCCUCUUUUGGCCUUUGCAGAAUGUAGCUGUGAAACCCAACCCGAAGAAAGAAACAAAACCAAAGCUCUAAAGUUCAAGCUAGUAGCAAUAAGUACAAUCCUAAUAGCAAGUGGACUUGGCGUGUCACUCCCAAUCAUAGGCAAAAAAAUCCCAACUCUAAACCCUGAAAACAACAUCUUCUUCAUAAUCAAAGCCUUUGCAGCUGGUGUGAUUCUUGCAACUGGGUUUAUCCACAUAUUACCAGACGCUUUUGAGAGCUUAACAAGUCCUUGUCUUGGCCAAAAACCUUGGGGCAAUUUCCCAUUCACUGGCUUUGUUGCUAUGCUCUCUGCUAUUGGUACCCUGAUGAUAGAUACUUUUGCAACUAAUUACUAUAAAAGAUCACACUUCGUUAAAGGUAGACCUCUUAGUGGGGACGAAGAGCAGCAAGGUGAGCAUGAGGGUCAUGUACAUGUACACACACAUAAGACUCAUGGUCAUGCUCAUGGGUCUGCAUUUGUUGUUGAGGAUUUGGGGUCCGAGGUUCUUCUUAGAUACCGAGUUAUAUCUCAGGUUUUGGAGUUGGGAAUUGUGGUGCAUUCCGUAAUUAUUGGCAUCUCUCUUGGUGCUUCUGAAAGCCCAAAAACAAUCAAGCCCCUUGUAGCAGCAUUGACUUUCCAUCAAUUUUUUGAAGGUUUGGGUCUUGGUGGAUGCAUCUCUCAGGCAAAAUUCAAGUCUCGAGCCAUUGCAAUUAUGAUACUUUUUUUCUCUCUCACAACUCCAUUUGGAAUAACAAUUGGCAUGGGAAUAUCAAAUAUCUACAAGGAGAAUAGCCCAACAGCAUUGAUUGUGGAAGGUCUGUUCAACUCUGCCUCAGCUGGGAUCUUAAUCUACAUGGCUUUGGUCGACCUUCUUGCAGCUGAUUUCAUGAACCCUCGAAUGCAAAGCAAUUUGAGGCUCCAGCUUGGGGCUCAUCUUUCACUUUUGCUGGGUUCAGGUUGUAUGUCACUCCUUGCCAGAUGGGCCUGAAGGCUUCACUACAACCAGUGCUAGGAGCCCAGGAUAGUACUUGUAAUUUAUCAGUCGGAUAUGGUGGGGUGAGUUUGUGUUAGAUAAAUGGCUUUUUAAUGUUCUUCCUAAGUUAAAGAAGUAUACUACUUCUUUUUUGUGAGAGCCCCUUUUUAGCUUAGCGGCAUAAAUGGAAAAUAGCAGGAAUUUACAAAAAUGGUGGCAUGAGUUUUUGUAGAAUCCUUUCAUUUUUGAUGUAAUCAAGUAGGAAUUUUGACUAUCCCUAAUUUACGCGUGUUUUAAUCAUAUGAAAUAUUUACUAGUUA